AUGACUGAUAAAGAUAUCAAAAUCAAAUCACUAGAAUCAGAGUUAGAAAGUAGACAGACCCAGGUUUUACAGCUUGAAAAGAAGGUUGCUGUCCUUGAGACUCGAAUCAAUCAGAAUGCAGAUGUAUUUCAACAAUUUUAUAUUCUAGGUCUUAGAAUUAUAGGAAAAGAUCAAAAUGCUGGAGACCCAGAAUAUAAAACUGGUAGAAAAAAACCAGAGUGAUGUUGUGGAGUGGAAAACUAAGGAAAGAGAAUUUAAGGUAGAAGUUACAUCUAUAAUCAAGCAAUUACUCAAGCAACACCAAGACGAGCUUGCUUCUAUUAGGACUGAAUUGGACUUAGCCAAUCAACAGUUGGCCAAUCAGCAACCUCAAGAAGGGAAUGCUCCUGGAUUGGAAUAAACAAUUAGAGAUUUGUAGUUAGACCGCAAUGAUUUGAAAUAAAUCAAUGAGAAAUUAAUACAUAAUGAAAAUGUACUUAAUUUGGAGAAGGAGAAACUUAAGAAUCAAGUGACAGACUUGGAGGAAGAUAAGAAAUAAAUGUAGAACAAUUUAUAAGAUUUAAAAAAUAAACACAAUAAAGAAUUAGAAACUUUGAGAGAACAAAUUCAUCAAUAUCAGAAUGAGAUACUCCAGAGGGAGAAGAUGCAUGAGGAAUAAAUGAGGAAUCUGGCCAGAUUGGAAUAACAAAUGGAAAACAAGGCUAAAAGCAAUGAGGAAGAAGUAGAUCAAGUCAAAAGAAAAAAGGAUUAAUUGCAAUGUGAAAAUGAUGCUCUCAAAAAAGUGAAUGAAAAAUAAGUACAAGAAAUGCAGUAUUUGGAUCAAUAAAUCAAUUGUUAUGCUAAGCAAGUCUCUGAAAAAGAGAAAUAGUUUUAAGAGUUACAAAAUAAAGCAGAGGAAGAGCAUACCAAAGUGGUUAAUUUGCAAAAGAAUAAUGGAGUAUUUUAAGAAAAAUUGAAGGAUUUAGAGUAGACCUACUAGGUACAACUUAAAGAUAAGGACGUACAGAUUCAAAAUGCCAAGAAGUAAUACGAGGACAGGAUUUCAUAAAUAUAAAAGUAUUGCAUUCCCAUAUAAUUUCAUAGAGAAAAUGCUACCAUUUUGGAGUAAUUACAAUUGGUAAAUGAUUAGAAUAGAGAGUUAUUGACAAAGCAAAAAGAGCAGGAAAUUCUAUAUAAAGAGAGUUCAAGUAAGUAGCUUGAGAAGGAUAAGAAAUUGGUGGAAGCAUUUGAGAGGAUGAGAAAAUUAGAUUAAGAAGUAUAGAGUGCUCUUUACUGUAGGUAAAAGCCUUGAUGAAAUAAAAUCAAUUGUUCAGGGAAUAGAUACUAAUUCUUGAGGGAGAUCUCAGUAAGAGUAAAGAGUAAGUGAGGAUGCUCUAAAGAGAUAAGUCGGAAUUGAAGUAGUAGUUAGAUUUUUUGAUUUCCCAAUAGAAUAAGAAAGGCAGAUUGAGUGAAAUUGACUUGUUGAAAAAGUAGGUCCAAGAAUUGCAAACAGAAUUAACAUUAUUGAGGGAAUCGCAUAAAGCAGCUUAGAGUUCAUUGAAAUCUACAAUGGAAUCAUCAGGUUACUUAAAGGGGAGAUUGAAAAAGUUAGAUAUCGAAAAUCAAGCAUUGCUGGAUUCAAAAACCAGAUUGGAGACCUUGUUUUAAGAGUUGUUGGAAACAAUGAAAUCGAAAAAGUUGCAAAGGAAUUAUUCUGAGGUGUAGAUGAAUGGACACCAGGGGAAAAUGAUAACAGAGAGUAGUUCAACUUAUUUAGAGCCCAUGACGGAGAGAUUGACAGCUAAGACUAAUAAUAAUUAGUAGUAGAGGAAUGGGGAUGUUCGUUCUAUUUUUAAACGACCAAUCUAAGUUGCUAGGAUUAGAUCAUCAGGAUAGUAGAAAGAAAUUAAGGGUAAACAAGAAAUCAAAAGCAACAAGGUGGAGCAGGAGUAGCUUGUAGAUCAAGAGAAGAAGGAGGAGUAUGAAAUUUUAGAGGAGGAGUCUUAAUUGAAUCAAGGGGAGGAUAAAUAGAAUGAUGAUGAAUAGAAUGAGUCUUCCUUUCUUUAUACUGAAUCAUGAGCUGAU